UAUAAGUAUAUUGUGUUUGGAUGUCGUUUAGCUGUAAGAAGAGGAGAAUACAUCAAGAAGUUAAACUAAGACACAAGAGGUCAGAACCCAACAAGUCUCGGAGUUACGAUGGGUUGGGAGGAAGACAACACAUGUUUCCGAGGAUGUUGCCGCAGCCAAACAAUCCCUCUUCAUCUUCCCUCUUCUUCUUAUAUUCUCUCUGCCCCUAUUGCUCGAGGGGCUGAGAGUAUUGUUUAUGAAGCCACCUUGAAUGGUCAAAGAGUUGCUGUUAAAAAGCCCAUCUUGUCUACUUCUCAAGACAUUGAUAGGUUUCACAAGGAAUUGCAGCUUCUAUGCAAGUUGGAUCAUCCAGGGAUUGCCAGGCUAGUUGCUGCAAACGGGAAGCCUCCGAAUUACAUGUUUUUCUUCCAAUUCUACGAAUCUGGAAGUCUUGCAGACAAGAUACAUGUGGAUGAAUGGUGUCCCAGUAUUGAUCAGGCUUUACUAAUCACGUUGCAGCUUGCAAAUGCUCUGAAGUAUCUACAUGAUCAUGGUAUUGUACACAGAGAUGUGAAACCGGCAAAUAUUCUCCUUGAUGGAAACCUUAAUCCACAUCUGGCAGACUUUGGAUUAGCAGAGUACAUCAGAGAUAUCAAACAAGUUUCCACUGAAAAUUGGAGAUCUUCUGGCAAACCAACUGGUGGUUUCCAUAAAAAAAACAUGGUAGGCACACUCAUUUACAUGGCACCUGAAAUAUUGAGGAAGGAGUUACAUUCUGAAAAAUCAGAUGUCUACAGUUUUGGAAUAUCAAUCAAUGAGCUUUUUACUGGUGUGGUCCCUUACACUGAUCUUCGAGCAGAAGCACAGGCCCACACUGUGCUGGAAAUGAAUUACACAGAGCAACAACUUACAGCAGCUGUGGUAUCUGAAGGAUUGCGCCCUGUUCUUGCUGGAAAUGAGCCUGGUGCCCCACAAAGAAUAGUGUCACUGAUAGAGAGAUGCUGGGAAGCAAAUCCUCAUAAUAGACCUUCUUUUGAUGAUAUAAUUAUUGUACUCGAUUCUAUAUUAGAGAAGAGUAUCAUUAGAGCAACGGAGGAGGAAAAGGUUCCUCCUGAAACUUCCUUAGCUUCUCCAUCCCCAGAAACCACAAUUCUUCGAUCAUACCAACAAAGCAUCAACUGGUUUUCUCAGGGUGAACGUUUUAUGAGAAGUGCUUCUGCAGAUUCUUGUGAAGGAAUUUGGCGGCUUGAUUCUUCAAAUGAUUCUAUGUUAUACCAUCCAAUUCUAUCCUGGGGAUCCUUUGCUACUACUGGAAGAAGGGAAACUAUGGAGGAUACACACUUCCUUAUGCCCUACCUGUGCAAUAAUAAGGACAUUUAUAUGUUUGGGAUCUUUGAUGGUCAUCGAGGCGCAGCUGCUGCUGAGUUUUCAGCUAGAGCACUACCAGGACUACUGCAAACUUUGGGCUCCACGAACAGUCCUGAUGUUGCACUAGUGAAAGCAUUCAUGGAGGCAGAUUUAGCUUUCAGAAAUGAGUUGGACUUUAGGCGUAAAUCCAAGGAACUUAAACAGAAAGACUGGCAUCCUGGCUGUACUGCAGUUGUUGCUCUAAUAGUUAGAGACAAGCUGUAUGUUGCUAAUGCUGGUGAUUGCAGGACAAUUUUAUGUAGAGCUGGCCAUUCGUAUGCUUUGAGUAGGGAUCAUGUUGCUAGCAUUCCUGAAGAGAGAGAGCGUGUGAUCAGUUCAGGUGGGGAAGUCAAAUGGCAGGUUGAUACAUGGAGAGUUGGUCCAGCUGCUCUUCAGGUUACGCGGUCAAUUGGUGAUGAUGAUCUGAAGCCUGCUGUAACUGCAGAACCUGAGAUAACUGAAACUUUACUAUCAGCGGAGGACGAAUACCUUGUAAUGGCUAGUGACGGGCUUUGGGACGUUAUGAGCAAUGCGGAAGUAGUGAGUUUGAUAAAGGAUACUGUGAAAGAACCUGGAAUGUGCUCAAAGAGAUUAGCAACCGAAGCUGCUGCACGAGGCAGCAAAGAUAACAUUACAGUCAUUGUCAUCUUCCUACAACCAGUCUCGACAGCAGAGAGAAUUUACUAGGUACAAUCGGCUCCACAUAAAAUUAAGUUGAAGUGUACCAAAGGUAAAGUCGUCUCUGUUAAGAUUAAAGAUGAUACACCGAUCAUUCUUUCAGCAGCAAGACCACAUCCACUAGUACUGACUGUAUUUAUUCUGUAAAUCACAAAUUAUUGUAUUGUACACCAACAUUAUUCGUCAAGAUCAACUAUAUCGAAAUGUUUUGCUCAGAGUUAAA